CCUUCACUCUCAUCAUCAUGAAGGGAACCUGGGCUGUUGUCCUUUGUUCACUGCUCCUGAUUGCAGCUGAAAUUCAAGGACAGUUGACCUAUGGAAAAGGACGUUGCAGUUGCAUAGACAAAGGUUCUGAUUUCAUUCAGCAAAAAGCCUUAGGAAAAAUGGAAGUGAUUCCCAAGAGCUCUUCCUGUGACCAUGUUGAGAUCAUUGCGACUUUGAAGCCCACUGGAGAGCAAAGAUGCUUGAACCCUAAUUCCAAAUGGGUUCGGAAGAUGGUGACAGCCCUCGUCAAGAAAAGGUCUUCACAAAGCACUCACCGGUAAAGGAGAAAAGCUAAAGAUCACUUCAACAGACUAAUGAUAUUUUAAGAUUUGAGCACUUCAGGCUCCCUCUUUGAGUCACAUGGAUGGGUUAUUAUAUUAUAAUCAUAACUCAGAGAUAAAAAUAUUCUCAGGUAACACAUACUAAGAAUUCCAAAUUAUUUUUUCUACCAGGUUUGAAAUUAAUGUAAUUCUUAGAUAUACAUGUACCAGGUUAAUAUAUAAUAUCACAUAAGAUUGUUGUUCUAGGGUAUGUAAAACAUUUGUCUGUAGGCUUUAUAAAUAAAUUGAAGAAGGCUUAUAAUCUAAAGCAAACCACA